AUGCCGCGGAAGGAGGAUCGGAAACUAGCGUGGCUGGCAGCUUUAAGACUCAAACACCCUCCAAAGAGAGUUUAUGUUUGCUCCUUUCAUUUUAUCGACAAAAAGCCCACAGAGCUACACCCCGACCCGGAGCUUUAUCUGGGCUAUGACCGACCCCCACCAAAGAAAAGAAGAAAGCUCACUCGGACCACUUUGAGUGUGACAGCUUCCAGUGAUACGAACAACACAGAAUCUGUACCAGACUCCACAUAUUUCAUUCUUCAAAAUGAUGCAGACGCUUUGCUGUACACUGGGAUAGCCUUAGAAACAUUUAACACACUUGUGUCGACACUGGAAGGAUAUGACAACAAUGAAUUUACAGUGCCUGUCCGAGAUCAAGUCCUCAUGACACUUAUGAAAUUAAAGAGUAACCGUGUAAUAGGUGACCUAAGCCGCCAGUUUCAUAUAUCACAAAGCAUGGCCAGCAAGAUCAUCUCACACUGGUUAGACAAGCUGGAGGAAGUUCUCCGACCAUUAAUUCCAUGGCUGCCAAAAGAAACUAUUCAAGCAACUAUGCCUGAAGCCUUCAAGAAUAACUUUCCAAAUGCUACAUGCAUUAUAGACUGCAGUGAGACCCUUUUACAGAAACCCAGAAAUCUGGGCUCAAGAGGAGAAUCAUACAGCCAUUAUUAUUCACACAACACAGUCAAAUAUUUGGUUGCUGUUGCACCAUGUGGACUAAUCAUGUUUGUGUCUGCGGCAUAUGGCGGCCGAUGUAGUGACAAAUUUAUCACAAUGGACUCUGGAAUAUUAACAUACCUAAAACCUGGUGAUGAAGUCAUGGCAGAUAGAGGUUUUACAAUUAAAGACUUACUCUUUGAGAGAAAAGUUAGAUUAGUAAUACCCGCUUUCACAAAAAAACGUAGACAGCUAACCGAGGAACAGGUAACAUACACACGUCGGAUUGCAAAUGUAAGAAUCCAUGUUGAAAGAGCAAUCAGACGCUUGAAAGUCUACAAAAUACUUUCACAAAUUGUUCCUAUAAGCAUGGCUCCUAAAGUAGACAAGAUACUGAGAAUAUGUGCUGCUCUAGUCAACUUAAGAGAGGAUCUCAUUCGUGAUACACAAUAAUUGUGUAUGUUAUGAACAAUUGUGGACUCAGGGAUAUUAAGAUGGUUACUCAGGACAUCAAGUUGUGUAAUGUAAUUAUUUUGAAGUAAAAAUUUGAUGUACAUAUAUGUAGAGAGUAAAUAAUUCCCUUUUUGUAUCUUCUGUUCUAGAAGAAAGGUUAUGUGUUACAGUACAGAUAUA